ACAUUUAACUUCAAUACCUCUUCCUCAUCUAAGCCGGGUUCAACUCGCAUUCAAAAGAAAGUCAUUUAGCAACUGAAGCAAACGCUAAUUUACUGUUCUAUACUUUACUGAAAAUGGGAGAUCCUGUGGCUGGUUACACGUCCCGAAUUCAACAGCAGGAGCAGGAGAUCCAUUCCCUGACUGCAGAGCUCGAGAGCCUGAAGAACCCACAGGGCCUGGGUUUGUCCUCGCACCUGGAUGGGCUGAGAGAGGAGAAUGCCAAGCUCAAAUACCGCCUCAACGUCCUCAAAAGGAGUCUGCAGGAAGAGAGGAGCCAGUGUAGUAAAACCAUGAUGAACAUCAACCAGCGCCUGCAGGAGAUCUUUGGGGAGGCCAUCCGGGAGGCCUGUCCCGACCUGGAGAACCCUCCCCUGGCCGUCACCCCCAACCAGCAGGCCAAGUUUGGGGACUACCAGUGUAACAGCGCUAUGGCCAUGGCCCAGAUGAUGAAAUCAAAGGGCCUGAAAGUGAACCCCAGGCAGAUCGCUGAGAAUAUUCAGCAGAACAUUCCUGACAAUGAGCUCAUUGAGAAGACAGAAAUAGCCGGACCAGGGUUCAUCAAUGUUCACCUUAAGAGAUCAUUUGUGUCCAAACUGCUGACCAACCUGCUACUCAACGGUGUCCAACCUCCUCCCUUAGAGAGCAAGAAGAAGGUGGUUGUGGACUUCUCAUCUCCUAACAUCGCCAAGGAGAUGCAUGUAGGUCACCUGCGCUCCACAAUCAUUGGGGACAGCAUGUGUCGUCUCUUUGAGUUCCUGGGCUACGACGUCUUGAGGCUGAAUCACGUAGGGGACUGGGGUACCCAGUUUGGGAUGCUCAUCGCUCACCUGCAAGACAAGUUCCCAAACUACCUGACCGUAUCCCCUCCUAUCGGAGACCUGCAGGCCUUCUACAAAGAGUCUAAGAAGCGUUUUGACGAGGAGGAGGACUUUAAGAAGAGGGCCUACCAGUGUGUGGUCAAGCUGCAGAGCAAAGACCCAGCUUUCAUCAAAGGAUGGAACCUCAUCUGUGACGUUUCCAGGAAUGAAUUCCAGAAGGUCUAUAACUGUCUGGACAUCCAGAUCAUCGAGAGAGGAGAGUCCUUCUACCAGGAGAAGAUGACCGCCGUGGUCAAAGAGUUUGAGGCCAAAGGCCUGGUGGAGAUGGAUGAGGGCCGUAAGAUAGUGUUUGCCCCGGGCCAGCAGAUCCCCCUGACGGUGGUGAAGUCUGAUGGUGGCUACACCUACGACACAUCAGACCUGGCCGCACUGCGCCACCGGCUCUUUGACGAGAAGGCAGACAUCAUCAUCUACGUGACGGACAGCGGCCAGGGCACCCACUUCCAGGUAGUGUUUGCAGCGGCUCAGAUGAUUGGCUGGUACGACCCCAAUGUGACACGAGUGGAGCACGCUGGUUUUGGAGUGGUGCUGGGAGAGGACAAAAAGAAGUUUAAGACUCGUUCCGGGGACACGGUGAGGCUGAUGGAUCUGCUGGAUGAAGGCCUGAAGAGGUCCAUGGAAAAACUCAAGGAGAAGGACAGGGACAAGGUUCUGAGCACGGAGGAUCUGACAAAGGCCCAGCGCUCGGUGGCGUUCGGCUGCAUCAAGUAUGCCGACCUGUCUCACAACCGCAUCAACGACUACGUGUUCUCCUUCGACAAGAUGCUGGAUGACCGGGGCAACACGGCCGCCUACCUCCUCUACGCCUUCACCCGCAUCAGGUCCAUAGCCCGGUUGGCUAACAUCGACGAGGCAGUGCUCCGUAAAGCAGCAGAGACCACGGAGGUGCUCUUGGAGCACGACAAGGAGUGGAAGUUGGGCAAGUGUCUCCUGCGCUUCCCUGAGAUCCUGCAGAAGAUCCUGGAUGACCUGCUGCUCCACACGCUGUGUGACUACCUGUAUGAGCUGGCCACGACCUUCACAGAGUUCUACGACAGCUGUUACUGUAUCGAGAAGGACCGCCAGACAGGUGAGGUGGUAAAGGUCAACAUGUGGAGGAUGCUCCUGUGUGAUGCCACUGCCGCCAUCAUGGCCAAAGGCUUCGACAUCCUGGGCAUCAACCCUGUCUCCAGGAUGUGACCUCAUCACAGUGACAUCACAAUGCCCUCCUCCCAUCUCCUCGGACGACAGAAAAAAAGAGCCUCUUCAACCCAUUAACGUCACUUGGGAUCUUACUGUAUACCAAAUCAAAUAAAAAUUACUGCUUGUAAAAAAAAAAAAAUGGAUCUGGCACCCUGCUCAUCAUUCUCCAUUUAAAUGUCAGAAUACCUACCAAGAGAUUGAGGAAUGUCUGGAGAGGCUGCCAAAACAGCAAUACUGACUUAGGCUACAGCUCAAUUAUUGCACAGGGGAUUCGAGAUGUAUGUGUUAGACAUUGAUCUUUGUUUAUUGCAGCCGAUCCUGACCCGGCCAAAUAAUACAGUAUUUCAGAUGAAAGGCGUCGGUCGGUCGCGAAGGACGCAUAAGUAGCUUAACAUGUGUCCUUUCUUGCAGUGUGGACAGCCAAAAUAAUAUGCUCUAUUUAACCAACAGUGGGAUGGUUUUCUGUCAUCUUAGUCCAGCUACCCCAUCUGUCAUCUGACUUGAAACCCAUAUACAUAUUUGUAACCCAUGCACCUGUGAUAUUGGUCACUUUGAGGACAGCCAAGUGCAGUAGACCUUCCUGUCCUGAAAAAGAUUGAAUCAGUGUUUUAACCAUAUUGUAGACUUUUCAAAAUAUUUUCAUAUCAAUAGGCAAUUAUUGCUCCCAUUUUAUAUAUAUUUUUGAAAAUGUAAUGAAAUUGCAAUGAUUUUCAAAUUCAUUUUAAUUGUAUUGAUGCAAUUACAUUUAAUCUGCGGUUUUAUUAAAGCCUCCAUAAUUUCCUCACAGUAGAGAAUGAAAUGCAUGAUUAUUACUUUAGGUCUGAUACAAACCUGCUGACUGAAUAUAUAUAUAUAUAUAUUUUUUUUUUACUUUGUCCUUUUCAGCAUGGUUCCAGCAACUAUGGUGGAUGUGUACCAAAUCCAGCCCAUGUACAGCUUGGCUUGGCUAGGCACAGUUUGCCUUAAAGUGUGAGUCAGCAACAGUGAGACUUGGGGACAACAGUUGUUCUCCCAAGUGACAGUGGUAGAAGAUCCUCACCCUGGCUAUUUACCUGCACGCCAAGGAUAAAUGAACAGUAAUGAUGAAUGCCUUGUCCGAUCCUGAUAAUCAGCUGUGUGAUUAAUGGAAUUGAUUUGUCCAGCUAAAUGGACAAUUGCUUAUUAUUUACUCAUUGCACAGAUAGCUGUGGACUGACCAGAUAUUGAUUAGACUUGACUUAAGUUCUAAAUGACACAUGAUAACAAGGGGAAGGAGAAAUAACAGGAAGACUAAUCGGUUUGUCUUUGUUUCAAUGCCAAAUAUCCUGUCAUGGUUGGAGGGGCUCCUUUUGUUAGUUAAAUACUAUAUCUUUUCUGUGCAGGUUCAAUGAACAAGGUGCAUCAGUGACUUAACUGGCUUUACUUAGUUGGUUCUCUUGGAUCCAUUGGAGCAAAGGGUGUCCACUUUGGCUUUCCACUUCAGCCAUUUCUGUGUGAAGACUUUUGCCCCUUGCCAGGGCUUUACUGAGUGUACCACAGCAUGUGGUUGCUCACCUAUUAGAUCCAUGGCCACAAAUUAUAGUCAUUAGCCUCUCAAAUGAAGUUGGACUAGCCUAAUUAAUCCUCAAAACCAACAUGGUAUUCUCUGUCAUAGCAACUAAGUGUUGUGUGUUAGCAGGUGCACUAAAUCACUAAUUUAUUGACAAAUGAUAAUCUCACACUCAGAGGCAGCCAAGAAUUUCAUUGUAAGGCUGUGUUUUCCCAUGGUAAAGUUAUGCACUGUUGUAGAUGGCUACAGACUAGUAUUAUGCUGUAAAGGAUGCCAUGAGCUAUAUAAAUCACCUCUCUAAACUUGA